AUGAAAACGAAAUGUCGCGUAGAGCUCCGAGAGGAAACAGUGACUAACAAACUGCUUCACAUAACGAAGCUGAAUCUGUUAGUACCGGGAAAACUGGUCAACGAAUCAUCGACGGUGGCGGCACAGAUGCGGUUGGCCAACAAACUGAGGUGGUUUGAUGUGAGCUGUCGUUUGCCGGUGCAAUUACGGACCGCAGAUGCCUUCUAUGUGCCGUCACACAUGUUACCAAAUGGAAAGCACUUCACGUUUACCGUGACAUAUGCGCACUCAGAACCAGAAGGGCUAGGUGGACAAUCGUCGAGUGAAGACGUGUGCGAGAAACUGAAAUCGUAUGGAAUGGACUUGAUUGAAACAUGCUACGGGCGUGUUGGAUACACUAACUAUUCGACCAUCAAAGUUUUGAUGAAGGCAACAAAUGCUUCAGUGUGGGAAUUACAGUACAAACUUAUGUAUCGGUUAAACUUACCGCGUCGUGAUCAAUGCAUGUUCAAUGUGAUCAAUACACCGAUACUCAAAGGUUACUAA